CAGCAGAUAUGUGUACAAUAUAGAUUGUUUUAAGGAAAUGCAUGUCUGUGGUUUCUACAAUCAAAAAAAACAAAACACCUAAGCAUUACAAAUUUAAAUUGGACAAUAACAAUGCUGCAGGGUGAGCUAAAUAUUUGCAAGUUAAGUUCAAUGAAUAGCUAAUUGCACAAAAUUAUAAUUAUAUGACAUUAGAAGUUUCCAUUGUAUACUUUAUAACUCGUGGUGUAGGUUAUUUUUCUUUCACCAGCAAGUCUUUGCAAAAUCAAAGGAUUUAUUUGCUAUUUUUAGAAUUUGAUGUUUUUGCUCCAAAACAAAAUUGUCUGCGGCGGCUCGUCUGUGCUAGUCUAUGCAAGCCACGACUGAUAACAUUUCCUGUCUUACUUUUUGUCCAGUAGGCACCAAGCUGCUAUAACACAGCCUGGCAUGCAGACUGGGCUUUUAUAAUGAGUAUUUAUUCCCUCGCGUACAUUGUACUCAGGUUCCAGUCUAAAUAGUAUCCCUUUCCCUGUAUGUAUGCUGUUGGUUCUUUUGCAGCUGCUUCAUCUAAAACCCAGGCCUCUCCUGGCUGCAAUAAACCACCUCAGUCCUUUCAGAGAGGUUUCCCCCUUUAACUCGCUUUGUUUCCAAACCGGUGAUGGACGUGGCAGCAUUCUUUUACAUCCCUGUUGCAAUAGUUUCAAAUGGAUGUGUUGAAGUUGGGGAAUAAAGCGCACAGUGCUCAGGGGAGGAGUGAGAGGAAGCAGGAAACUCAAAAGCUUGGCUGUGACCACCAUGCCAUGGUUGAUCAGCUCCAUUACAGCACUAUAGAGCCAGAGUUUGGCCCCUAGCAGUCUUUGCUUUACCCCCAGACUGCUGGGUGGCACUGAUCCAUCGACUCCAAAAUAAGACGAUUACAGAUCUACGCUGCACUGGGUAGAGAAGUAGUCUGUAGCUGUGUUGUAAAAUAUUGUGGUUACUUUGUGGUGAUGACUGGAAGCUGUAGGAGGCUGGCAGUUCUAGAUAAAUGACUAUCCUGUAGGUCUUGCACUUAAAAACAAAACAAGUCACACUGAUAUGCUAGUUUACGCAAGAAGAGCAUCGAAUGGGCCGUGCCGCUGUUGCAAUGUUUUUGAAGAUGACAAGGCAAAGUCACAAAUAAAGAUGUUAAUAUUUUUAUAAUUAUGAGGUUUGGUGGAUAGGAAUUUAAUGCAAACUUGACUCAGUGUGAGGACUUUCAUUGAAAGACUACGUUUAACAGGAAAAAAGACGAACUUCCUGUUGAGACUUCAUAGAAUGAGCCUGUGGUAUGUUGAGUGGUGAGUUGAGUAAUUUCGUUUUCAUGUCUGUGUUGAGUUGUACAUCAUAGGCUUUGGUGGAGAGUAACAUUUGAGUAGCCUAUUUACAUUUUCAGCUACUUCACUUGUACUUCACUACUUUUCAGAAGUAAAGUGUCUGAUCCACUUCAUUUAUUUGGCAUCUUUACUGACCAUUCAGAAUGAUAAUACAAAUAUAUAUAAAUGAUUAAAUGAACCCGUGGUGAAAUUCACUAGCUACCCAACAGUGUGUAUAGUACAAGAUUAACCUCUCUUUUACCAGCUGUAAUAUACAGGUUACAGGUUAUAAUUGAAGUAGAAUAUAAUACAAUAUAAAUGAAUGCUGUGAUAUUAGUUAUGUUAAGCUAAGUAGAUCAUUUGAAACACAGGCCAACAUACAAGUUUGUAGGCCUAUGCCAAAAAAAAAGUCAUAUAAAACCAUUCUCUGAUAUGGUCUGUUGGCAGCAUGUGAAUACUAACAAACUACAUUUUGAGACCAUAUACUUUUAUAAAUAGAACCUUGAAUGCAGGACUUUCACUUGUAAAAGUAAAGCACUACACUUUGGUAUUUAUACUUUUACUUAAGUAAACCACCUAAAUACCUCCACCUCUGAUUGUAGGCUACAAUUGGGUAUUUUACUACAUCUACCAAGUCAUUAUUGUAGUAGAAUACUAGUUUCUAUAGCAUCUCAUUGUGGGAUUUUACACAAUCGUAUCAGUUGUUGUAGAAUAAAUCAAUAGGGGUUUAUGUUGACACAAUUGGUUACGUUGAGUAGAUCGUUUGGAAUAAAGACCAACACACACGUUUCAUGGUAAUCAAUAAACUUGGGAUAAUCUUCAGAGGGAUUUAUACUUUGAAGCAGAGCUAAGGGGUUAUAAAACUAAUAGGAAGACUAUAAUGGACUAUGUAAAAGAAAGGGGCGGAGCACCGUAUAAGCAGCGCUGCCUGCCUGUCUGCUCUGCCCGGUUAUCUGAGGGUUGUGAAGGCGGCAGCAGAUGCGUCUCCAUGCUGCUUUAAGUCCGCUAAGAAGCCACUAGUCCAAUUAACUGAGGGGUGGCGGACAUAAACGCAUGCAGGCUAUUCAACUCUCCAACGACGAUGGAUAUGAGCGCCUCUCCGGCACAUGACGACUUGAAACGACUGACUGCCAUAACAAAACAAGUUGGACCAGAAACGACUCAGUAUUUUCAGUGAUGUACUUUGAGCGGUGGUAGUCUCGGUUUCUGGGCUCAAACAUUAAGCCUUUAUAAGCUCCUGCAGAGUUGUGUUGUAAGGCCUGCGUCACACGGAGUUUCCUCGCUGUUUGUGGAGCAGUCUCGGUAACAUGGAAACAUACGCUGAUGUGCUGCUUGUCACCGCAAAUGUCGGCUCACUCUUUGACAAUCUUGGUGAAAUUCAAAAUGAAUGGUUGCGAGAAUUGUAUAAGACGAUCCACAGCCACAAGCCGCAGUUCAUCGCCCUGCACUUCCAGGAGGUGGGAGGGAAGGACUACAUGGCCAACAUGGGACACGCCGAGAACUUCUUUUGGAUCAUUGAAUCGAGCGAGGAAAUGAAAGACUAUGACAGGGUCUGCAUCUAUGUUGACAACCAGUUCCAAACAGAAGACAGUUUCACGGCUUUGGGCAGCAUGUACUUCAUCCACAAGACACUGAAAAACAUCCAACAGUAUGAUUUUAAUGUUAAGGAUUUCAAAGCAGUGUCGGGACAGAGCAAGCACGUGGGCUCUCUGGACGGGGUCAGCACAGUGGAGAAAGAAAAAUUCCCAAAGAAUUUCUGGCCUGAUUUCAAGUGGUCCAGGAAGGGCUUCAUGAGGACCCGCUGGAUCAUACACAACCAAGGUCUGGACCUGGUUAAUGUCCACCUGUUCCACGAUGCCUCCAACCUCAUUGCCUGCAAAUCCAGUCCCUCCAUUUACUCGGCCAACCGCAAAAACGCUCUCAGAUAUGUCAUCAACAGGAUAUCAGACAGCCGGUACACUCCUCUGCCUUUCUUCCUGUUUGGAGAUUUUAACUUCCGUCUGGAUGCACUUAGUCUGGUGCAGUAUCUUUCCACUUCAGCAGAUGUGCAAACAGUGAAGAAGGACAGCAGUAACGAAGUAGAGAAGAUCAUCUGCGAAGAAAAAGACAACGACCACCAGGUGCUGCUCCACAUUGAGGACAAGCUGUUUGCCUACCUGCACCAGGCGGUUUUCAGGGAGGACAACGGCAGAGCGCUCUUGAAGUAUGACAAAGAAGUCUCAGUCUUUCAUGAUGUUAUUCGGGAAGAGGACAUCGAGUUUCCACCCAGCUACCCAUACAGUGAAGAGUACACUAAACCGACCCGGUACAUGAACACUCGCUGCCCGGCCUGGUGUGAUCGCAUCCUCCUGUCACACACUGCCCAGGAAUUCAUCCACAGGGGAGAUGACGGAGACAAGAGCCUCGUUUACGACACAGUGGGUCCUAAUGUCUGUAUGGGAGACCAUAAGCCGGUUUUCUUGUUCUUCUCACUGAAGACGAAUGACCAUUGACUGCGAUCCUUCUCAAUGCUCUGCCACAGUAUCAGUACAAUGGUUACCAGCCACAAACACACUCACAGCCAGCAGCGGGUCUCAACUCUGAAAUUCCCCGCUGUGAAAACCCCGUCGUCUCAUCACUGGAGUCUCACUAAAGACUGUCUCACUGCCACAUACUGUCGACCUCAGCUCCAGAGCCACAAGCCCUGAUUAAUCUGCAGCUGGGAUGGAUUUCUCAUGCAGAUUAUCACCUCACUCUCUUGAAUGCAAAGUGUCACAAAAUAUAUUCCAUGACGUGUUAUUAAGCAGAUGCUUUUAUCCAAAGCGACUUGCAUACUCUUCAACUUUGCAGUCAUGCCUACAGGAGCACAUUGGGGUUAGGUUUCUCGCCCAAGGACACUUCAGCAUGUUGACUGCAGGUGUUGGGAUCGAAACUCUGACCCUCUGAUUUGUAGAUUACCACAUUAAGCCCCACUAAGCCCCUGCUUCCUCUGAUGAUGUAAAGACUGCAGUGUGUAAUUGUUAACCAACUAUUUACUGUACAUGUAUGUGUAUGCAAACAUUCCUCCUUAUUUUAACAAAAAAUGCCAUUUUCUUACAGGCAGCGUCCGACAAACCCCAGCAAAGGCAUCAGAGAUGUUCCCAUACCUCAUUGGCCAUUUAGCAGACAGGUCACUUUUUCAGGUCAUGACUUUUUUAAAUGAGUUGUUCAUGUAGCUAAUCAGAAUCCAGUGUCAAGAAACAAAUCAUUUUGUAGCUAAACAUUACACCAACAUUAUUAUAAGGCUCUAAUAUUAGUAUAACUUAAUACAUGUGGGUUCUUUUUUAUCAAGAUUUGGAUCUGUAUGCUUUUAUUUUAUGCCAUUUCUAGAUCACGUUUUCUUUUUAAAUGUUAUUUACUACAUCUGUAAGUAGAUUGUAUCCCUCUUGUAGACACAGUUGAGGAAUUCUGCUAUGUCAGUUCACUGAUGACGUGUUUGGUCUGAUGCCCUUUUUAGAUUAAACAUAAUCUAUGAAGGUAUCUUACAUUGUAUUCAUUUUUCUUAGCUACUUUCUCACAGUGACUUUAUUCAUGUCACAUACUGUAUCUCUUAACUGAGUCACUUCCAGAUCUGGUUUUGUGUUAAAUCUAACAAUGACACUUUCUAGGCAUCAAGAUUAUGUUUUGAAUGCAGGAGUAGGAGCUGAAUUGAUUACCACAUCACAACAGUAUGUGUUUCACCCUGUUGAAUUUAAAGGUACAUUAUUCGUACCAAUUAGAUUUUAGCAAUCCUCACUCAGAGAAGGUUUUGCUAAUGCAGACAUCUUCUCCUCCCUCUUCGGGUUGGCAUCAAAAUUAUUCCAUUGCCAAAACAAUUAUAAUGUAGGCCUCCCAUAUUUACUCGCAAAUGUUCCUAAAGAUGCCCUAUUAUGCUUUUGGGGGUUUUCCCUCUCCUGUAGUGUGUUGUAGUUUUUGUGCAUGUGUGGUAAAUACUCUGUCAACUCUAAAUCCCAAAGUUUCCCAUAAUAGGGCCCCUUUAAGGGUUGUGGAUGCAUCAAUACCACAGAUUCACUUGAACUUCACAAAAUCCUGUAUACAUACAGUACAUAUUCACGCGUGCACCCACACACAACACAGAAGGCACUGUUUGCUUUUGGAUUGAUUUUGUUUAGUUGAAUCAUAUAGUCUUAAACUGUAGCAUCAGUGCUGUAUAAUAUUGUUGAUGUGUGAAAUGCUAGAAUGUUUGACCUGGUUUUAAUAAUGACUAAUUGAAUUUAAAAUAAGUUUGCUGAUUGUUACUUCCAUCCAUCUUCUUACACGUUGUCUGAAGCUAAUCCCAGCUGACAUGUAUUUUAUUGUGUGUUUUGUGAUUCUUACACAGCUUGGUGAAACAAUAUAUACGUCAUUACUUGAUCAUAUCAAUGUUGGUCUGUCAGUCAUGCUUGCACAGUGGGACUGAAGCCUUGCCUAACAAGAUUAAGUUAAUAAUCAGUGAUGCCAAUGUUUGUGUAGAUUCAAGAGUGUGUUGGUGACAAUCUUGUAGCAGUUCACUGUUUUCAUUAAAAGGCCAGUAUUACCUUUAGAUUAACUCUGGUAACACUACAGCAUUGUCAUAUUUCACUUUUUCAAUAAAAUAUUACCCUCAUAAA